AUGCAGUCAGAAAUUGGGCGACUCGCCUCGAUCAUCUCUCGUGCGACCGCCACACUCGAUGCGUCAGAGUCUGCAUACAGUGCCUCGCUACAGUCCUUCAAGGCCGAAUCCACCCAGAGCCGUCCUCAGUCGACAGAAGAGGAAGUCAAAGCAAAGCAUGACGCCAUUAACGCGUGUAUGGAACUGCUGGAUCGACUCCAGGGGCCGGUAGCAGGCCUGCUACCUUUGUGGAAUGGCGCGGCUAUACAAGCUAUUUCGCGGCAUCGCAUCGCCAACCACGUCCCGCUGAACGGGGAGAUCUCCUAUCAAGAUCUUUCCCAGGCUUCAGGCGUCCACGUCCAUGAUCUGAAGCAGUACAUUCGAUUUGCGAUCGCCUAUCACCGAGUCUUUUUUGAGAAACGCAAGGGCUACGUCUCUCAUUCCGCUGCGUCGCGCGCCAUCGCCGAAAGUCCUAUUGCCGCCGCUGGCGUGGCGCAAAUCGGGGAGUGGUACGAUUGCUUUGCAAAAACCGUCGACGCGAUGGAUCAGUUCCCGGGACAUAAGCCCGACGAGUCGGGAUACGCCCUUACGCAUAAUAACCAAGGUAUCUUCGACUACCUCAGCACGCGACCGGACAAAGGGCGACAAUUCGCCCAAGCCAUGGAGUUUUUCUCCGUCGGCGUCCCUGAAGCAUCACCCAAAUACUUCGUCGACCGGUAUCCUUGGUCCGAUCUCCCCGCGGGAGCCACGGUGGUCGACAUCGGAGGCAGCAACGGCCACGUUGGGCGCUUGAUCGCGCAGGCAAACCAGCGCAUCAACGUGGUGGUUCAGGAUCUACCCUUCGCGGCAGAAGAUUUCAAGGCGGCGACUCAAGGGGAAGGGGGAGAUCUAGACAAUAUUCGCUUCGACGCGCACGACUUCUUCACGCCGCAGACGGUGGCGGCGGACGUUUAUAUCUUCCGCUGGACACUCAUGAAUUGGCCUGACGAGUCGGUUGUGUCGAUCCUGCAGCAGCUGGUUUCUGUUAUGCGUCCGGGCGUUAAGGUCCUGGUCAACGAGAAUCUAUGUCCGGAAAGUGGCUCGCUGCCGUUGGCUGCAGAACGGUACAUUCGGUGGAUGGAUAUGCUGAUGCUGGGAGUGUACAAGUCCCGUAUCAGGGAUGAAGAUGAGUGGGUCUCAUUGUUUAAACAAGUCGACAAGAGGUUUUCCUCCGUUCGGUGCUCGACGGUUCCGGGUUCAGCGUUGGGGAUUGUGGAGGCAACAUGGGAGGGAGAUACCGCCGACCCAUCGCGGCUGGAAUUCGGGGUUCAAGCGUACGACUGCUACCAGGAUUGGUGCCGACGCGAGGCAGAGGCAUACCAUACUAUUAUUAAGUAUCUCUCGCCUACAAACGAUCUCGAGGAACGAUACCAACAAACCGAACUGGCUACCUAUUGCGAAUUAUUCGCACAGUUACGAGAGACCACUGGCAACCGCUGCAGAAAUGCACGAGAUUUUGUGGACCGAAUCCGUCUACUGGUAAAUCGCCUGAAUGCCAUCACGCCAGGUUCGAUCGGGGACAGGACUCAUAUCGCGAUACUAUUGACCCAGAUCGGGUCAGAAUACGCAUUCAUUAUUGAUGCCAUCCAGAAUGGCAAGGAGCCGGGUACGCCAGCGGCCGUCGGAAAUCGGCUCGCUAAUGCGGAACGGGUCGUGCGAGGAAAGGAUCCGGCGUCGUCGGCCGCCUCGAUCCAUGUGAUCACGCCCGUCAAGAAGUGCAAGUAUUGCAAAAGGAAAGGUCAUGAUCAAUCACGAUGCUGGAAGAAAUUCCCGCAUCUCAGACCGCAGAAGGGCCGGUUGGCCCACGCAGACCGGAGUGAUUCGAGCGCACCCAGCGAUUCAAGCUACAUAUCCAGCCAGACGGAAGACCGGCAGGGCCCGCCUUCCAAGAGAGUGAAUAUCGUGAGGGCGAAGGUGACGACCUUCUAUACCCACGCGCCAGACCCACGGUGGAUCGUGGACUCCGCCGCAACUAGCCACGUCUGCUGGGACCGGGAGUGCUUUACCAGUCUCCGGCAGCACCGUGAGAUGCUCUUAACGGCAGGAGAUCCCGUUGAAGCCGAAGGGAUAGGCACUGUGAAGCUCAGCAUCAGGGGCAAGCCUCAUCGGACAGUGGUCCUCAAGAAUGUGUACUACGCUCCGCGGGUCGGGGUCAACCUGAUCAGUGUGCCCAAACUCCUGAGAGACCACUAUUCGGUGGUGGCGCACCCGCGAGGCAUCGCCCUGCAACGCAGAGGACGGCCCGUGGGGAGCAUCCAACAUACUAGAGACGAUUUGUUCGUCCUUCACUGCCCAGCGAGCUACAGGCCUCGAGUCCAAGUACAUCUAGCCAGGAAUGCCACAGUCAGCGUCGCAUCUCGAGAACCUUCAGAUGUCGUCAUGGCUGAUGGGGAUCCUCUGGAGUCAAGUGGCGCACAAAGUGUGGCGACCACCUCUGAACUCCGCAGUGGUGACGCAUUAGCGAACCUCGAAGAAGAUGCGAGCAUAGGAGUAGACCAGGAGACUCCCGAAGAGCUAUGGCACGCUCGAAAUGGGCCAUUUGAAUCGGGGAGACUUGCGGCUGGUCCUCCGACAGUCCGGCACUCCGUACCGCCCUCUGACCAGCCAGGAGCUGCAGGCAACGCCGCGGUGUCCGGCAUGCAUGGCGGGGAAGCAGCAUCAGAAGAGGCACUCUCGGCGUAG